AUGGCGGACAAUGCUGGCCCAAUCGCGUCCGCAGUCGUUCCCCCCGAAGUCGAGCCACCUAAAUCCCCACCUACGAAACGAAGACAAUCCUCAGCGUCGGACUCAACAUCCAAACGUCCUCGACUUUCCCUCGAUCCAAGCUCUCACUCCCCCACUGCCAUACAUGACUCGCCAAAAGCAAUCAAAGCCGAGGAAGAUGCGCUCCCAGAGAAGGAUCAAGCCAGAGAUCCAAACCGAGAACGGAGGAAGAGCAGUGUUGUAGAAGAGAGGAAACGUGGUCAGCGGUUAUUCGGUGGGCUUCUCAGUACCUUGAGUCAAAGCACUCCCAAUGGUCAACAGAAAAGGCGUUUGGAAAUUGAGAAGCGACAACAGGAGAAGGCCAAACAACAGAAGGCUGCAGAUGAGGUGCGGAGAGCAGAGAAGCUAGCGAAUCUGAAAGCUGUACGAGAGGAGGAGCAAAUCAAAUUCGAUGAGGAGUCGAUGCGGAUACGGCAUUCCAAUAUGCUUGCAAUGGCACAAUUCCUCUCGACAAAAGCAGAACCGAAGCUGUAUUACAAACCAUGGGAAUUGUUGCCCCGAGACGAAGAUCGCAUCAAGAAGCAAAUCGUCGACGCAGAAGCACUCAUCGAGCGAGAAGUGGACGAAUUUUAUACACGGCAUCCAAAAGAGACUGUACGGGAUUCCUCUGCAGAAAGCAAAACUAACGGCGCGUCUAAGGAGACGGUGGGUGAGCCUCAACUCGAGUCUCCAUCUGUUUCUAAUGUUGAUACUACUAAUAUUUCCCCUGUACAAGCACCUCAGUCCGAAAAAGUCAAGGCUGAGAAACAAGCUCAGGAAGAGCAUAAUGGUGAGGUUGUGCUUGAGAAUGAGGAGGACACUGUCAUCUAUUGA